CUACGUGCCGUCACUGGUGUCACUUACUUGAAGCAAAGGUGUUAUGUUAGAAAAUAUACGUAUGGAAAAUAUUUCAUGUUAAAUGCCAAAAUGAUUCGCUCAAAGUUUACUGUCACUUUCAAAAAUUGCAAGAUUGUAACCCAAACAUUUUUAAUAAAUUCGAUGAGUACAGAUUCUUCCCAACCUUCGUUUGAGGAAAUUCGUAAAUAUUUAUGGGGUUUUGGGAAAGGAAACGUAAAUUUAAGUAAAAAUGAGGAUACUGGUAUAGCAACUCUUGUACUUAAUAAUCCCGAAAAAAGAAACGCCAUUAGUGGCCAGAUGAUGGUACACCUCAGGGACUGCAUUGAAGAGCUUGAAAAGUGGAAAUCGGGAAAGGCUGUUAUUUUACAGGGACAUAACAAUAUUUUUUGUUCGGGGGCAGAUUUAGAUUUUGUUAGGGCAGCGGGUACCAAACAGGGUGCCAGUUAUAUGAGCACGUGGAUGCAAGAUACCUUAAAUCGUCUUCAGCGUCUCCCUCUAAUUAGCGUUUCAUUGUUGGAAGGAUUUGCUAUAGGGGGUGGUGCUGAAGUGGCGGUUUCAUGUGACUAUAUUGUAGUUGCUAACAAUGCUAAAUUCGGUUUUGUUCAUGCUAAGAUGGGAUUAGUUCCCGUCUGGGGUGGAACUACAAGCUGUCUUACUUUUAUGAUAAUACCGUAUACAUUCGUAUUAGCAACAUUCCUAGCAUUGAUAUACCUAUUAUUUGUAAUAAUUGUCAUAAAUAAAAAACACUGUAUUGGGCUCCGUCAAAUGGGCAUACACCAUCUGAGACAAUAUCUCGAACAAAUUGAUAAUAAUGACGAGUAG